AUGAUGUACUGUAGGUAUGGAGUUGGAAAUAUUCAUUUGACAAAUGAGUAUCCAAGAGAUCAAGAUGACAAUUCAAUUAUUUUAUCAGUCAGUGCUGAUGAACCUAUCAUUGUGAAUAAGUCUUAUAACUACACAUCAUUAUUGACAGAAGCAAUAUUGAAAACAAAAAUAGAUGUUGAGAAAAAUUUUGGGAAAUGGAUUCGAAAAAAAUACAAUGAACAUCGAUCAUCGACGACGUCACCUGAUAUCACAAAAUGGGUGUCUAUUUUUAUAACACUUACUAUGUGUGGAAUAAUUCGUAAACAGCGAUAUGUAAAACUACGUCCACUUUAUACAAAUGAUUAUAAACACUCAGAGUCGUUACCAUCAACAAAUGAUAAACACGAUAAAAUCACAGCAUUAAACAGAGAAUUAAUCCAAGCGCACGAUGCAAUUCACGAAUGA